GUGUUGUGUUGGGCGGGCGGGCGGCGGCGGCGGCGGCGGCGUUGCGUGGCGCCCACCGCGGGGCGGCUGUCCGAGCGGUCGGCCAGUCGGAGGCGCGCGCCCUCCGCGCUCGCUCGCCGCCGCCCGCCCCGGCUCCCGCCCGCGUCACUAACACGCUCUGUUAUGGACAAGCGCGCGACCAGCGGCCGCGGAGAGCCGAUACCCAGCAUCCUCAAGAAGCCGCGCAGCCGGCGCAAGGGCGACCUGCUCGACAAGAGCACUAAGAUCAAGGGCGAGAAGGUGGAAGGCGGCGCGAGGCGCAGCGCGGGCCCGGGGGCGCCGCCGCAGGGCUGCUCCGCGCUCAUGUACGCCUGCCAGCAGGCCGACUACAAGGCCGUCGUCGAUAUCCUCAACAAGGAUCCGGCGGGCGUGCGCGCGCGUGACCGCGGGCUGCGCUGCGCGCUGCACUACUGCGCGUCCAGCGGCGCCGGCGUGAGCCAGCAGGCGCGCGCCAACUGCGCCGACCGCGUGCUGAUGGCCGCCCCGGCGCUGGCCGACGCGCGGGACGCCGACGGCCUCACGCCGCUGCACCUCGCCGUGGUCCACGGCAAUGUACCCCUGGUACAGACCCUGCUGGCUGCAGGAGCCGAUGUCAACGCGAGGGAUGAUGAACACCACACUGUCGUGCACUGGGCCACUGUAUGCGGUGAAGUGGGAGCCCUGCGCGCGGUGCUGGCGGCGGGGGCCGACGCCGCCACGCCGGACCAGCACGGCGGGUACCCGCUGCACUACGCCGCGCAGAUGUGCGGCGCGCCCGCUGCCACUGAUCAUCAGAGUCGCGGCGCCGCCCUAGAAGUGCUCCGCGCGGUGGUGAAGGAGGGCGGCGCGCGCGUGGAGGUGCGCGACGCGGACGGCCGCACGCCGCUGCUGUGGGCCGCCUCGGCCGGGUCCGCCGCCGCCGUGCUCGCGCUGCACCACGCGGGGGCACGGCCUGAUGACGCUGAUAGGGACGGCCUAACAGCCCUACACUGCGCAGCGGCGCGCGGGCACACUGAAGCUCUAGAAACCUUGGUGGGUCUAUGCGGCGCGCGGGUAGACGUGGCCGACUCCCACGGAUGUACGCCCCUACACUACUCCGCGGCGUUGGGCCACGCCGACGCGACGGCGGCUUUACUGCAGCACGGGGCCGACUCGCAGCGGCAGGACCGCCGGGGGCGCAGCCCGGCGCACACUGCCGCCGCUAAGGGACAGCUCGAAACUGUCAGGAUGCUGGGUGCCAGAGGAGCUAAUUUAUGGCUGCGCAAUUCCAAAGGCGAUUUGCCUCUCCACGAAGCGGUAGCGUCGGGCAGGAGGGAAUUAGUAAAGUGGCUGCUUGACGGCCGACCGUCCCAAGUCAACGCUACCAACCACGAGGGCCGAACACCACUGCACGUCGCUGCAGCCACUGACAACGCUGACCUGUGUAGACUACUGCUUGAUAGAGGAGCUGAGGUCAACCCAGUCGCGAGAUCCUCUAAGAAUGAACCGGUUACUCCUCUGGACUGUGCUACAUCCAGAGGACACAGAUCCACUGCUAAGUACAUUCAAAUGCACGGUGGCGUGCCGGCCACGAAACUGACCAAUACUCAAAUAGUUAUAGAUGGGGCCAACAUUACGGCAUUGCCUACCCGUCGAGUUACUAGCACUAAGAUUGAUGUACGUGACAGAAUUCGUAUCGAAAAACGAGAAGUCGUAGAACUAUCGAGUCCUUUGCAAGAGAGAAGAGUUUUCAAAGAUAGAAAUGUUAGUGACACCAACGGCUCAUCCUCUGAUGAAAGGAAAGUAUCUAAAAGACGGUCAGACCACAAGUACUCUGAUCGACACCAAGGAAGACGAAAAAGACCAGUUGAGGCUCAAAAAAGCUUUAGUGAUGGAUACGAUACAGAUUUGGAAGCUCGUGCUGAAAAAGAGUACCUUGAUCCAUACGAUAAGAAACACAAAAAAGGUUCUAAGAAAAGCAGAUCUAAAAGUGAACCUUCUAAACGAGGCAGCCGAAGCGCGAAGCACCAUCACCGGUGUCCAUCAGACUCUGAAAGUUCAUCAGAAACCGAGAGCUACUCUAAUAAAAAGAAAAGUAAACGACAUCGUAAACGCAGUAAGCGAAAGAGCACCACUUCUGAAAGUAGUAGCUCAGAGUCAAGCGAAAGACGAAGUACUAAGCGAAAAGGUAAAAAAACAUCAAUACAUAUUGAAAACGAUGAAGAAAAACAAAGUGUUAAUAUUGUCAAAUACAAAAGAAGCGCAAGUGCAGCGAGUCAAAAACGUACUAGUGAAAAUAAUGCAUCUCCAGAAGUUAGCGGUGGAGCUGUUGAAGAUGCUAAUUUAUUACAAGACAAAGAGGAUCAGGUCGCUAAGAGCAAACCACAAAGUGACACUGAAACGGACACGCUUUCUGUUAAAACAAACAUGAUUGUGACUGAAGCGCAAAUACACAUGGAACGACAAUCGAGCCAGCAGGGUAAUUCAGAGUUAACAGUUACUGUUGAUUCAUCUAAUAACGUGUCGAUUGAGACAUCAAAUUUAUCAGUGACUCAUAAAGAUUUAACUGAAGGAACGAAAUCGGAUACGGAAAAAGUUAAUAUUGAUGAUACCAAAGUAGACACACAAGAAAUUAAAGAUAAAAGUGAAAAUAUCGACACAGUACCAGUAAAAUCUGUGGAUGCGGAUGAAAACAAGGGAGAAGGGACUGCGGAAGCUCAAAAAGCUGCAGAUCUUCAAUCUUCAAAGGAAACACACGCAGAAGAUGUUACUGGUGAUAAGAAAGAUUCGGGAGAAUUGGAAACAGCUGAGACUGUAACCGAAACAACAAUCUCUCCAAAAGAAGAAACAUCAACGGUAAGUCCCGAUGGUAAAAAAGAAAGUUCUACUGAAGAAAACAAAGAAACUGCAACUACCACAGAAGCAGCUAGCGAAGAUAAGCCUCAAGACCAGUCUCCCACACCACCAGUGGACAUAAAGAGAAGGAAAUCAUUUCAAGUUUUAGCAGGACCUGAAGAUCUUUUGAAAGAAAGUGAACAUGUGGAUGAAAGCGAUAAUCAGGCUUCGCAGGAAAGAAAUAGUUCGCAAGCAGUGUCUUUUGCUAAUAAAGAUGAAAUAUUCGAACGAAAAGAAUCAGACAAAUCACCGGAUAAUUUAAUGGGAGAGGAAGUAGACCAUUCAGAAAUGGAAAAGUCUGCCACUGACGGUGAAACAAAAAGUGCACAAAAAGAAAGUACUGAUUCAAAAAGUUCAGAGGAAAAGAGACUGGAUUAUGCUUCUACCACUGCCAGUAGUAACGAAUUAAAUCAUAGUGUUGAUAAGGGAGUCGUAACUAUUAUAGACAGCAAUGUUUCGAGUACAGAUCGCGCAGUACAACAGAUUAUUCUGGAGAAUGUUGCUGAAGACAGCGCAAUAGUUUUAGCUCAAAGCACUCCAAUACGGAUACGAAAGACAUCUAAAGACAGCCAUGGCAGUAGUAGAAAGAGCAGCAUAUAUGAAACUGAGAGCUACAAGGUUUUAUCAGAUAUAGCCAGUGCUGCUGAAACUGGAACCUCUGGUAUCCUUAAAAAAACGCCGAAAGUGGAUGAAUCCCUAGAAAAUGAAAACGAAGGAACGAUUGCUAUCAAACUUGUGAAAAACAGUUCGUUCGGCAGAGUUCCUAGUGUUAGUGACAAUGAGCUUUACAGCCUCACAGAAAGCAAUGGUCGAAGAAAACGAUUACGAAAGAAAGGAAGGGCUAAAAGUCGGCUUAACAUUAGAUCUAAAAGCGAGAAUUCUGAAAGAGGUUACGAAUCUAGUGGUCUAAUGGAUUCAGGGUUCGAGCCCAGCCCAAGAGUGGUUCAACGCCGAAUAAUGAGCCCUAGAUUAGCAGCCUAUUAUCAACAAAGAAAUGCCACCGGAAGAUUAUCUGGUAAAAUAUCUGACAGCAGAAUUCCAGUACGGAAACCUGGUGACAAAAACGCUGUUGAUAUGAAAUCUGUUACUCAGAGGAUUCAGACUAAUAUGAGACGAUAUUACUGCGAAAGAAAGAUAUUCCAGCAUUUGCUUGAGCUGAAAAGGCUACAAAUAAGAACGAGCAAAACAAACGAAGCUGUUUUAGUCAAACGCGCUAUAGAGGAGUACAACAAGUCCAGCCUAGCGCAAGUCGGCUUGGGACCGUACAACAGCCCCGACUUUACUUUCAGCAGCUUCGAGAAGUUUCUCUAUGAAAGUUUGCGGAAGCUGCAGAAGAGUGGGAAGCGCCACCUGGACAAUCUGCCAGAGGCUCCGAUAGACUUCGACUACGGCGAGAAUGAGUUGUACAAGAUGUCGGCGAUCCCCGACAACCCGUGCCUCUGCACGAGCAAGACGCAUCGAUGCUUCCACGCGGUUCAUGCUUACACCGGCAUACCGUGUUCUGCGUACAUACCAUACAAAUGGAACCACCACACAAUGCCGAAGCCGAGCACUGCCGGUGGAGCCAAGAAAACUAAAGGGUUUCUUCCCAAGAUAAACACCAAGUCACCAGCAGGGAAACCUCAUGUGACCCUGGAAGUGUCACAUGGCUCUGAGAAACAGCUGAUCGCACUGCCAGCUGAAAAGCUGGAUAGGAACAAGAGGUACUACGUCACGUUUACCGUGAAAGGUUCGGAACCUCCCUCAGAUAAUGAUAACGUAUCGCCGAAAAGCGUCAGAAGUGGCUGAGCUGGUAUUGGAAGUGUUUAGGUAAUUGGUUCAUUUUGCGUGUUCUCUGAUGCUAUGUCACUGCCACAUCUUGAAAGGUAAAAACAAUACUGCUAUAUUUUCAUUAUAAUUGACUAGCACUACUAUUUGUAACUUAUGUAUGUAUCUAAUGAAACCUAUUGGAUAUCAUGAAGAUCCCAAAUCAUUAUUUACUUCUGUAUCAAAUCACAAAAUCUAAAUUAUUUUUCUAAAAAUUUAAGAAGAGGAUAUCGAUAUACUAUAGUAGAUUAUAUGCGAAUCAUAAAAUUAUGUAUUGUAUUGAUAUUAUUAGUAAUUUAGUAUGUUUUCUACAUGAAAGUUGAAACACUACGUUCGUAGUCUUCCCAUUAAUACUUAUUGUUAUUGCACUAGUGGAGGUACAGUGAAACAAUAAUCAUCAAAAUAUUGCGAUUAAAGUACAUAGAAACGUUGAAAACAGGAUCGGAAUAGAUAAAUACUUACCUAAACUUCAAGCGCUAUGUGAGGAUAGGAGAUAUCCGGAUGACUGUAUCACCAUUAUAACCAUCAUUGGGUGGAAAGCAAAUACUGUGAUGUGUGUUGUAGAUACACCUGACCUGAUGCUCACUGUACGAAUACCGUCCAAAGUUGAUAGCACUGAAAUACUCUUUAUAGUAGAUACUAAUUUGUAAUAAAAAUAUCGAAAAAAACGAAAUCUUUCAUUAAAACCGCUUUAGAACAAUGUA